GAAGAGUAAGCAGGUGAAAUUCAGCUCUGGGAUCAGGAGAGUGUUUGAUUUGCUAAAGGAAAAUGCAAAGACGGCUCCUCCCUUCUGAGGAAACGAAACCAACAGCAGCCCAGACUCGGCCAGCAGAAGAGAUAAAAGCUAAUAGGUCCAGGAGGCAGUUCUGUUGCCACGGGCUCUCCUGUCAAUGAUGGAGCUCAGAAAUACCCCAGCGAGAGAUCUGGACAAGUUCAUCGAAAGCAAUCUCUUGCCAGACACGCAUUUCCGCAGGCAAAUCAAGCAAGCCAUUGACAUCAUCUGUGGAUUCCUGAAGGAAAGGUGCUUCCGAGACAGCUCCUACCCCGUGCGGGUGUCCAAGGUGGUAAAGGGUGGCUCCUCGGGCAAAGGCACCGCCCUCAGAGGCAAAUCUGACGCUGACCUGGUUGUCUUCCUCAGUCCUCUCACGACUUUUCAGGAUCAGUUAAAGCACCGGGGAGAAUUCAUCCGGGAAAUUAGGAGACAGCUGGAAGCCUGUCAAAGAGAGAGAGUAUUUUCCGUGAAGUUUGAGGUCCAGACUUCGCACUGGGACAGCCCCCGUGCGCUGAGCUUCGUGCUGAGUUCGCCCCGUCUCAGGGAGGGAGUGGAGUUUGACGUGCUGCCUGCCUUUGAUGCCCUGGGUCAGCUGACUGACACCUGUAAACCUGACCCCCAAAUCUAUGUCAGGCUCAUCAACGAGUGCGUCUACCUGCAGAAAGAGGGCGAGUUCUCCACCUGCUUCACAGAACUACAGAGAAACUUCCUGAAGCAGCGCCCCCCCAAGCUCAAGAGCCUCAUCCGCCUCGUCAAGCACUGGUACCAAAAUUGUAAGGAAAAGCUUGGGAAGCCACUGCCACCUCAGUAUGCCCUGGAACUCCUGACGGUCUAUGCUUGGGAGCAAGGGAGCAUGAAAACAGAUUUCAUCACAGCCCAGGGAUUUCGGACGGUCUUGGAAUUAGUCAUAAACUACCAGCAACUCUGCAUCUACUGGAAAGAGUAUUAUGACUUUAAAAACCCCAGUAUUAGAGAGUACCUGAGCAGGCAGCUCAGCAAACCCAGGCCUGUGAUUCUGGACCCGGCUGACCCUACAGGAAACUUAGGUGGAGACCCAAAGGGUUGGUGGAAGCUGGCACGAGAGGCAGAGAACUGGCUGAAUUACCCGUGCUUUAAGAAUUGGGAUGGGUCCCCAGUGAGCUCCUGGACUCUGUCGACGAAAAGCGACAGUGAGGACGAUGAGACCUACGAUCCGAGGAUGUAUCAGAAAUAUGGUUACAUCAGAACACAUGAGCCCUCUUAUUUUUAUCAGGGCUCCAGCACAUUCCAGAAAGCAUCUACCCCACAGGCGGAAGAGAACUGGACAUGCACCAUCCUCUGAAUGCCAGGGCAUCUUAGGGGAAAGGGUUCCAGUGUUAUCUGGACCAGCCCCUUCAUUUCCAGGUGGGACCCUUGAUCCAGAGAGGACAAAGGUCCUCAGUGAGCUGGUGCACGAUCUAAGACAGAAUCCAGGUCUCCUGACCCCUGGCCUUCUAUGCCCUCUCUCCUAUCGUGGCUAACGUUCCCCUCAGCCUUGUCUCACUCCACCUAUUCUCUGAAAAUAUUCCCUGAGAGAGAACAGAGAGAUUUAGGUAAGAGAAUGAAAUUCCAGCCCUGACUUUCUUCUGUGCACCUGGUGGGAGGAUUAUAUCUAAUGUAUUAUCAAUGACAAUAAAAAUAAAGCAAAUACCAUUUA